UACGUCAACUCAAGUGCACGUGGUCACCCAGAGAAGAUAUAAGUUCAUUGAAAAGCAUAGCCAGUGCGUUCUUGCACCAACGCAGCACUCUCAGUGUUCACGUCUGAAAGGAAGGCUCACACCACCAUGGAAGAUCUCGAAGAGGUGCACAGUUUUCGCGACCACGCCGUCGCGGGCGUCAACUGGAGGCCGAUGAAGAUUUUCGACAAAUUGCCGCGUUUGCGCGUGUGCGACCUGUGCCGCAUGAUUCCGAAGCGGAUACAGCUGUUGCCAUGUAGGCACAUCCUGUGCGAGGCGUGCCACGCAGCCAGUUCCCAAGACAGCGGUGAUGGCCUGUGUCCCUUGGAUCGAAAGCCGUUCGUAGGCGCGGAAUGCAUCGGUAUCAGCUUCCCCGUCGAGAAAGCGAGCGUCUUGAAGGUCUACUGCUGGAACGAGGCGCACGGAUGCGUGUUCGUGGGAACCACAAAAGACACUCUGGAACACUACGAGAACGAGUGCACGUAUCACAUCGUCAACUGUUUACGAUGCGGCGAUGGCGUCCGGCACAGGGACCUCUGCGCGCAUUACGCGUCCGGAUGCAGUUCCGGUCUCUCUUCCAAGGGCGCAAACUGCGAUUCCUUAAAAUCCGCGGCGGCGAUCGUCCGAGACGUGAGGGCUUCUGUGGAAAAAAUGAACGCGAUGCUGAUGAAUCCGGACCGCGACCAGCUGAUGCCCUCAAUCCAGACCAGGAUGAACCAGCUCGCCUUGCAAAUGAGGGAACACGAAUCCCGACUCGACGAGCUCACUCUCGAGGUGAGAGCAUCCGCGGAGGCCGAGGGGGCCGACGUUGCGGCUGCGAGUUCGUCCAAGAUGGCGGACCAGUCGACGUGCCGGAGCGAGACGAUGGAGGAGCAGGCAAGCAGCAUGACGUCGCUGGAACUGCAGAGCCCGGAAAUGUGGAACACGUGUAUAUCGCAGUUCUUCUACGCUAAAUUGCCGCGGGACGUUCUGAAAGCCAUGCGACGAACUUCCCCUCAGGAGGAUUAUCCGCAACACGCCGUUUUAAAGCGCCGGUCGCAGGACGUGAAGUGUAUUCUGUAUUUGGCCGAGCCUAUGUCGACGACGCGCAGUUGGAUGGAAGUUCACGGGUCCGUGAGGUACCUCCUGCACCUGAGGAACAUCGACACUGAUCCACCGACGGAUGCAGAGAACAUAAUUUGCGCUCAGGUUACCGUGUUGCACACGAGCGACGCUUAUUUUACCGUUGAAGUCUCCAUGAACUGCCUGGUGCUCUUCGUGCGGACCGAGUUUCGCGGCAUGCGGGGGAGCUUGCAGUGCUCGGGGCCUUUUCUUAGGGUGAAGGUGUACGACGGGGAUGUGCGCAACGGUGAAUACCUGCCUGCGUAUCUAGAGCCCUGUCCCCGUAAGCGCGGCAGAGACCCGUUGGUGCACUUCCACCGUACCAGCUCAGUACAAGUCGAUUACCUGCAAAGGAAAGGUUUCCUUCGUGACCGAAAGAUGGAAUUCGAGAUCGAGCUUUCGCGCACCGAAACUGAGCAUUCGCAACUCUAGAGCGUCUAGCCCCAAUGCUCACACUUGCUGAGCUUUUAUUCUUCACUGUGUGCCCCUUUAACUAAUGACGCGUGCGUUUUGCAUGAUUUUAUCGAAGUGUUGACGGCAGUUCAAUAAAGCAGCGGCUGCGAAAGUUCUUGUGCCUCAA